AUCUCCCUCCCGGGCUCUACGGGGAGGAGGAUAGAGCCUCCGAGGAGCGCGCAGACAGUGCCAGAGAAGACCUCAAAGUCUGGAGAAAAAUGACCUUUGGUGGAAUAUGAAAUGUACCUUCUGUUGCAAGUUUUUCUCUUACUAAUCUCUGAAAACUGAACAUAUGGCCUUGGGUCUAUGGAAAAUCAACUGAUCAAACUCUUCAUCGUGCAUCAACUGUUCAGACUGGUUUUGGGACAAAAAGAUCUUUCACGAGCCGGGGACCUUUUCUCUUUAGAUGACUCUAAGAUUGAAGACAGCCUAACAGAAGCUUUGGAGCAGAUUAAAAUAAUUAGCUCAUCAUCAGAUUACCAAACCAAUAACAACCACCAGGCUGUGGUUGAAAUCUGUAUCACAAGAAUCACAACAGCUAUCAGAGAAACAGAACCCAUUGAAAAGCAUGCCAAGGCUCUUGUGGGGCUCUGGGACUCCUGCUUGGAACACAACCUAAGACCUCCUGGCAAAGACGAAGAUACUCCUCAUGCAAAAAUUGCAUCUGAUAUCAUGAGCUGCAUUUUACAUAAUUAUAACCGGCUCCCCGUCAUGGCAUUGGCCAUCCCCACUGCAGUGAAAUUCCUCCACAGAAGCUGCAAGGAACUGUGCAGGAACGUGUCUAACUACCUGUCCCUGGCUGCAAUAACCAACGCGGAUCUCCCUGCUGAUCAUACAGAAGUUAUAGAAAAGAGCACACGGCAAGGAAAUGCCAUGUUGUUAAGGAUAUUACCUGCAGUGUAUGAAAAGCAGCCUCAGCCAAUUAACAGACACCUGACAGAACUCUUGGCCUUGAUGUCUCAACUGGAACAACCAGAACAGUACCAUCUACUUCGGCUUUUGCGUGUAACAGCAAAGAGGAAACAACUGGAGGUGGUUCAGAAAUGCAUUCCUUUUCUACUCAGGAAUUUGAAGAGUUCAAGCCAUCAUGACAUCGUCCUAAACAUCCUUACAGAGAUAGCUGGCUACGAACCAGUGGCUCUGAGCAGUUUUCUUCCAACGCUGGAAGAGACUGGUAAGAGAUUCCCGUGUCUCAUUGGACAAACGGCAAGGGUCUAUGGAGCUGCUGGGCACGUGGAUGAAGUGAGAGCCAGGAGCUGCCUGGUGUACCUGGUAAGCCAGCUAGAGGAUAUGGAACAUUCAUUUCAUCCUAUUCUCCUGCUAGAGAUCAAGCGCAUCACCGACAGCUUCUCCUCCAUCCUGGGCCCUCAGAGCAGGGACAUCUUCUGCAUCAGCAACAGCUUUACUACCAUUGCCAAGCUCUUGUGCAGACAACUGGAAAACACCAGGACUGUUGGUGACAGGAGAAAAACCAGCACUGAUACUGGGCUCCCUGAGAAAAUAAGACAAGUCAAUCUCGAGGUAGCUAAAAGUGAAGACCAUGAAAAGCUUCAAGUUAAAAUCCAGGCUUUUGAAGACAAAAUGAAUGCUGAAAGCAACACUCCGGGAUCUAUCAGAACACACAGCUUAAGCCAUAUUUCCAAGGAAGAAAGAAAAAGCAUUAUAUUUAACAGGUCAAAAAGUUUGGCUUUGCACACUGUGCUCACAAAGGGUGUGAGUUCGGAUGACAGGGAAGAGGAAGCGAGCGCAGGAACAGCGGUCGGCAUCUCUCUUUCAGAAACAGACCCACGAAGCCGGAGAAGUGACAGGCUGCCCCUUGAGACAGACACCCACGGGUCACAGCUGAAAAACUCUUCAGCUUCACACCCAAUCGUUGUACGUAUCGAGUCAGAGAAUUGUGAAGAAACCACUACAGGAAACUUCCAGGGAGAAACUCCAGAGAUAACCACAUAUCCUAGACAAUACCAAGUAUUCAGAAAAAUCCUGAAAAGAAAUCUGUGGUGUUGUAGCAGGCUCUGAGGGCCCAGCAGCAAUAUCUCUGUUCACGGAAUUCUGCAGAAAAGCCCUGUGAAGGCCUAGGCAGCAGCUUCAAGAGAUUUUUCUUUCACUCAGCUACUAUCCCAAGCACUAUGCCCUAAGGUACUGAAGAUUUAGACAGCAGACACAGUCCCUCACCUCAAGAUUACAGCACAGAAAGAAAAUGACAAAAGCAGUUAGCAGGUCAGGAGCCAGCAAGAGUGUGAACCAGUCAGAAAACAAAGGGCAAAGUGAAAAUAAUGCCAGAAGCCAGACCUCUUUCGGAGCACAACUUAGGGUAGCACCAACAAACAAACAAAUAUCAACAGCAAAACACAUAGAAUAAAAUUUUAAGUAAUGAUAGGAUCAAUAACUGUCUC